AUGGAUGAUAUGCCGGAUUUGUCCCACUUAACGCCCCAUGAGCGUAUGCAAAUCGAAAAUGUUCUUAUGCGACAAAAGCAGGAAGAGGAGGCGCACAAUGAGAUUAUGCGACGUAAACAAGAUGAGGUCGUCUCGCUAGAAAUGCAAAUACGUCAACGCUCAGAGGAGCAAAAGAAAUCGGGCAUCGAAUUGGGUGCAAUAUGCCACAUUUGCCUUCAGACGAAAUUCGCCGAUGGAAUCGGGCACAUUUGCCAUUACUGCAACAUUGUGUGCUGUGCGCGAUGUGGCGGAAAAGUGACACUUCGCAGCAAUAAGGUGAUUUGGGUCUGUAUACUCUGCCGCAAAAAACAAGAAUUACUUUCAAAGACUGGGCAAUGGAUGAACAAGGGUCAGCAACAGGAUAGUUUCCUGCGACGCAUUGAGCCUGAUGGCAGUAGUGAUAUCUCGCAGCAGGCCAUUGUGGAUCCGCACGAUACGCUCGACAAGCGCCCGAAGUUGGAGCGAACGCGUAGCGCUGCCGAAAAAGAGAAUCUGCCAAUGCAACGGGCAGGCAGCGUGCUGCGGCGUCAAUACUCACAACAGGAGGCGCCCACAAAUCGGCGCAUGUCGACAACCGACAGUGGUGUGGAUGUUAGUCCCGGCCAACAGCGUCAAAGGCCCAUGAAUCAACAGCAGCCAAUGCAACAACAAUAUGGAACACAAAGUGGGCAACAAGUUGGAGGAGGAGGAGGAGGAGGGCAACGCUCAUAUCCGGAGGAUGAUCCGCGCUAUUACAAGGGUGAAUUGGACGGCCUGAUGCGGCAACAUCCACAUCUCGCACAUCCUAGCCAACUGCAAAAGCAGCAGCAGCAACAGCAGCAGCAAAGCUAUCAGCAGCAGCAGCAGCAGCAGUCACAUCUGCAGCAACAACAACAUUUGCCACCACAUCAGCAGCACCUGCAACAUCAGCAACAGCAGUCGCAGCAUUCACAACACCACCAAGCACAGCCGCAACCGUUGCGCCCGCAAAUGCAGCCACAUCACCAGCUGUCGGCACAAACGGCCGGCGGCAUGGCGCAGCAACAGCAUCAGCAACAGCAUCAGCAGCAUCAGCAACACCAGCAACACCAGCAGCUUCAACAGCAUCAGCAUCAACAACAACAACAGCAACGGCUUCCACAUCAACACUCCUAUAAUCCACAAACGGCACAGCUGUCCGCGCCCUCCAUGGGCGGCGGAUCUUAUCAGAAGCCAGCGCCAAUAUCGCGUAAUCUCACGAUUAGCGGUGGUCAUGCCAUGGAUACUGCAACUUACCCUCAAGCACAACAACAACAACAACAACAACAGCGACGACCAAUAGUCGGCGGCCAAUAUGGCCCGCCACAGCAGCGCUCGUUUAGCAGCUCUGAGGAGGAGAUCCAAGCGCAUAUGUUGGCGCCACAAUCGGCUGAAUACGACUACGACGGUGAUACUGGUGGUAAUGCCGGUGUACAUACCGUACUUUCGCCGAGUGACGUGCAAAUUCAUGCGAAUCAACCGGUGAAUUGGCAAAUAUCCGCGGAUAAUACUCGCAUGAUUGGUCACAUGAUAUUACGAAAGUAUUACGAUGGUGAGGAUAUUCUUGGCUUAAAAGUCAUAGGCGGUCAGCAGUUUACAACGUCUCCAUCGGCAACAGCAGACGCCAGUGGAAAUAGUGAGAUCAUCGGUAGUGGUGCGAUCGUGGAAAAAGUGAAACGCGGUUCGAUAGCCGAUGUUGAAGGACAUAUACGACCAGGCGACGAAAUCAUCGAGUGGAACGGUCGAGUGCUGCGAAAUAAGUGCGCCGACGAGGUUUAUCAGAUAAUCGACGAAAGUCGCUUGGACGCACAAGUCGAAUUGGUCGUUUCACGCCCCUUGGCCACCAACGCUGUCGGUAGCAAUGCGGUACGCAGAGGAGGAGGCCAUCAGCAACAGAGCGCCGCCUUGCACAACCCAACUCUCACAAGCACUAUUGCCAACAGUGCUGUGGUCAGCAGCGGCGGACGCUAUUUUUCACGAAAAGCGUCCGCUGCUUCCGAUGCUAUCGAUAUCCAUCGCGACAAGCCGAGUGUUCUAAUCACAUCGCCCGGUUCGCCCGAUCUACACGCCACUGGCGGCGGCGCGCACACCUUGCGGCAGACGAAUGUGCAACAACGUGGCUACAGCGGCGGCGCCGGUACGUAUCAACAGCAUUCACAUCAUCAGCAACAGAAGCAGCAACAGCAGCAGCAGCACCAGCAGCAUAAUACGCAGCACCAACGGCUUGGAGCGAACGCCGCGAACACAGCCAGUGCAACAGCAGCCGGUACACAAGCCACAACGACGGCGGGCCACCAUCAUCACUGUCACCAGCUACCACCGCCACCGCACACGCAUCCACAUGCCGCCGCACAUCACUUGCCCACUGUGGGUAUGGCGCAUGCAUUGCCCAUGGCUGUCGAGGGUCGGCUACAGAUGAAACUCGGCUACGAUCAGAACACCCUGCAGCUGAUAGUGACGCUCGUCUGUGCGACGGGGCUGACAUUGCGACAAACCGGCGCCGCACGCAAUCCUUAUGCAAAAGUGUUCCUUCUACCCGAUCGGGGUACAAAAUCGAAAAGACGCACCAAAACCUUAGCGAAUACUUGCGAACCGCGCUGGGGCCAAACGUUCGUUUACUCGGCGCUACGACGUUCCGAUCUCACCGGCCGUUUACUCGAAGUGACCCUGUGGGAUUAUGUGCGCUACGGUGCCAAUGACUUUAUCGGCGAAGUGGUCAUUGAUUUGGCGCAUCAUGUGCUCGACGAUGAAGCGGAAUGGUACCAGCUGCAACCGCAUCAGGACACUUCGUAUCUCUUGCAUCACGACGACCAAAGUGAAGCGGACAUUAUGAUUUUGACACCGACAGAUCAUUUAUCACCACCCAGCACAACGUCACGUCUAAGCGACUCCGAUACGACGUCUGAAUGUGACAUCGAUGGACUGACGCCGGGACGUGAUGGCGCAAGCAUUUCCUCAUUGGGCAGCUCAUCAAGUCCACCACCAGAGAUCGACUUGAAUGAACGUCGUUCGAGACGCGACAUGUCACCUCAAGGUCGCAAGCGGGUUGCUGGUAUGGUAGCGCGUGAUUAUCGCACGGUAUCUGGCAUUGGACAAAGUUACCACAAUCAGCAGGUGAGCACAGGUUAUUUGCGUCGCAAUGGCGCCAUUACUGGCCCUAGUGGCAUGAGCCUCAGCCAGCGCAGUCACUCUGCCGCACCGACUGACAGCUAUCACGGUGUGACCGGUAGCGGUCACAGUUACUAUCGCAGCAGCAGCCCGAGACGCGGCUCUCUCUCGCCGCCCGACGACCGUUACAUAGACUAUCCAGUUCUUCCAAUACACGCAUCUGGCUCAGCGUACGUGGGAGGUGGUGGUGCGGCUGUAAUCGGCACAGGUUCUGCGCAGCAGGCACGCUUUCAGUCGCGCUCUGCAACUGCCACGCCGACGGGCUCGCCCAAGAAGCGACAACUGCCACAGGUGCCGCAAACUUCUCGCAGCGCUAUGCUACGUGAUCGACUGGGCCAAGAGUUCGAUGAGCGUCCGGGCGGCGGACGUUUUGGCCGUCAUCGUACACGUCAAAUGCACCAUCAGGCGACGUAUCGUAGCACCGGCAUGGGUGGAUGGGAGCGCCACUACACUGGGCUUUCAGACAGCGAUCUGCACUCGAUGGAGACGCGCGUACGACCGCGUCACUCGCUCUCCCCCGACAAAGACUUCAUGGGUGAAUUCGGAGACUCCGAUAUGGAAUCGGUGGUUAGCGUGACUUCGAGCGCCUUCUCCACACAAUCGGAACGGCCGCGCGGCUCACGCGGUCUAAGCUUACCGCGCAACUGGCGCACUCUGUACGGUGCCGAUCCAAUGCCUGGCGCCACCUCCACCACGCUUGCUGGCCACCAUGCACCUGCUCGUGGACGUGGAUUCUUUGAACGCUAUCGCGCCAAUACAAUUGAGGUCGAUGAUUGUGAUUUUUUACCAACCAGUCUAACCGGGCCGUCAUCACUGUAUGCCACAAUGCAAUCGCCGCCGCACCUCAAUACCGUCUCACAGCAAAUGUUGCUGCUGGAACAGCUGGAGCAACUGCAACAGCUCGCCGAGUUGGCAGCUGCCGAUUCGCCUCCGAACACUGCAACACUGGGGGCGGCGUCUAAUCCACACAAUUUGUUAAGUACAACUGCGACAAAUACUCCGCCACACCACUUGUUACCACCACACCGACAAUUGCAAUUGCAACAACAGCAUCUACAAGAACCAAUACAACUGCCAAGCCAACUAAUAAUGACCGACAAUAGCGGCAAUCUAGUAGUCGACCAGUAUAUGCUCGAUGUGGGCGCCGAUCCGGGUCUGCUGUUAAUGGAGCCAGCGGGCGUAACAGUGAUACCGCCGACUCCGCCACCUACAUUACCGCCGCCGCUGCCGCCACCAGCGCACACUGUCAGCACACAACUACAACUGCAACAACAACAACAGCCAUCACAUUCACAGCCACACCCUCAUGCAUUUCACCCAAAUCAGUAUCCGCCCCACAUACUGAAUUUCACACAUUUCCCCGAGUUUUUGACGCAUGCUGCCGAUUACAGUCCUUUCGUCGAAAAGGUUUUUCACCGUGAUAGCUCUCUAGGUUCCAGUAGCCAUUAUCCAUUCUACGAUCACAUGCAAAACAUCACAUCGUCAGUAGCAAAUUUUUUUCGCCAUAGCCCGGGCUCAACACUCACCACACCUACUGCCGCUGCAGUCAAUUCACCACAUCAGCACGCUCAUUCCGUUUCAUCGUCGCCCUCAUCGUACAUAGCCUACGUACGCGAUCAUUACGACAACACCUGCAGCCACUGCCAAAACGGUAGCCAGCCGGUCGUUCUAUCGACCAAUGCUGCACUCACUACACCCGGCAUUGCCAUAGGCGCUUGCGACAAUCCAUUCUGCAUAGCAGAGUCCCAUCCUCAUCCGCAACAUCAUCCAGUCUCUUAUCCUUAUACAACCGAGCAACUUCUACGUAGACCGUCAUUGUCCAUGUAUCAGCCAUCAUCUGAGCCUUCACUGCCAACUAUGGAUCCGGCAAUAUGCGGCGAAUGUGUGGAUCAGCAUUUCGUGAGCGGUUUUACCGCACCGCAAAUUGACUUGGGCGCUGUGCCCACCUAUCAUGUGCACACUCCAACGCCGACGGCGCACAAAAAGGCAAAGUCCUCACUAGCCCCGCCCCCUCAACUGCCCACACAAUCGGUGUUGCGUCUUUCGCGACAAUUGAGCGAAGAUGCGCUUGUGACGGCUGUGCCCAUCGCCGAGUCAAAAGCGCAUCCUACUUCCAUACUUAAAAAGCCGAAAGUGGGCGCACCGACGGGCACUUUAGACCGCCGAAAAAUGUUUCAUGAGGGUCAGUCACGCUCUUUAGAUUACGAUGAUUUGCAUGCAAAAAGUUGGGGCCGCCGGCGCAUAAGAUACGAAGAUGAGGUUUAUAACCCUCCACUAGAAGAGCUGUCGCGUCGGUAUGGUUCAGAAACGAACAUUCGGCAGUCUUAUAUGGGUGCCAAUGUAGACGCUGUCAAUCCACUUAGUCACUCGCAUUUCCUUGUCACGGACGAUAAAAUCGUCACCAUAACCUACGAUUCUGAUGUGGGUUGGACACGUCGUGGUGUUGCACCGUCUGUAUUCCACGAUCCCAGACAUCGCUUCGAUGGUCGCGAACGUAACCAUAUGUCCCUUAAUUUACAACGUACGAACCAGGAAAAGCUCUAUGGAGCCGCACUGCCAUACCAAAAGCGACGUCGCAAUUUACCGCAUCCACCAAGCGCACAAAAUGCUCACAAUUUCUCGCCUGUGGAAGGCUACGACGACGAUCACAUGUUAAUGGACCCUGCCACACAUUCGACUGCUACGCUGCCGCCACAUAGUGGCGAACCACCCAUGAACGGCACUGGCUCCGCGGAACGACCGGGUCCCAUUGGUGAACAUCGCGAUCAACGCGACCCACGUGACCCACGCGAUGCUCGCGAUCCGCGCGAUCCCAGUCGCUCAGCAGGGCCGGGCUCGUCACCUAGUCAACCACGUCAUUCAUCAAUUGUCUCGAAGCGCAGUAAAUCAUCGAUGGCCACCGGUGGUGGUCAUCGCACACGUGUAGAACAGUUACAGCAUGAAUCGGGCAGUGAUCGCAGUAAUCUCGUUAGUAUAAAUGACCAACCCGAAUAUUUCGAAUACGAUGAUUAUGGCGAUCCCUACACAGACCCGCACACUAGUCGUAAUUAUGCAACAACAAAUGCAAGUAGUGGUAGUUUUGUUAGUAGUAGUGGUAGGCAAAAAGGGAAAGAAGUUUCAUACGGCGCGGAACAACAGACGAAAUCUAGUAGUGGGAGUGGUAGUGGUGGUGGUGCUUCUUCUACUGCUGCUGCUGGUAAUAUCGUCGUCGGUGGUAAUAUUUCUAAUAAUGCUUCUUCUUCCUCUUUUGCAAAUUCCCAUCAUGGUGUCGCUAACUCCACAUCACCUAAACGUGCCUCAUUGAAACAUACAAAUACAACUAACGACGCUAACCUAAACGUAAACGUUGACGGAACAACAACUACAACAACAACUACCAUACAAACAACAACUACAUCCACAAACAUCACAACCACAUCAUCGUCGAAUACAACCACGGCAACAACAACAACAACAAUUGCAACCUUAACAACCUCAACAACAACAAAUCCUGCUGCCACAACAACGACAACAACAACGAAUAUUGGUGAUACAACGACGUCCGCUGGUGAUGGCGCUACCGCGGAUGAUGCCGAUGCGCCACUCGACGUCAUCGAUUGGGAUGCAAUCGACGCCAUGUUGGAUGACGAUUUUAGUGAAUACGACAAGGACAAAAAUGGUGGUGGUGAGGAAAAGAAGGAUGAUGCCAACUUCAGCCAAAGUGUAGACGAGAAAGUUGAUGGCAGCUUAUCCGAUACUGCAACGGACCGAAAAAAGGGCGCUGUGGAGCAAGAACGUUCGCCUAAAGGCGGCAGCGGUAUGGGUAAAAAAUCGAACUCCACCUCGCAGUUAUCAGCCACAGGUCGUAAAAGACGUAUGGGCUUUGGAAAGAAGGGUAAGAACUCAUUUACGGUGCAUCGAAGUGAAGAAGUUCUGCCAGGUGAGAUACGUGGGGCGCUGUCGCGCGGGUCGUCAUCUGAGGCCGAUGGUGGCGAGGCAUUGGCUGAUGUCGGAGCCGGCACUGGUGGGGACAGAUUUUCACCUUCGCUGCGUGGUAACGACGGCCAGUUGUCGGAGUUCAUAGAUGGCUUGGGUCCCGGACAGUUGGUUGGACGACAAGUGCUGGGCGCGCCAUCGCUAGGUGAUAUACAGUUAUCAAUGUGCCAUCAAAAGGGUUUCUUAGAAGUAGAAGUUAUACGUGCUAGAGGCUUACAGCAAAAGCCGACGUCGAAAAUGCUUCCCGCUCCUUAUGUCAAAGUGUAUUUGGUUUCUGGUAAACGAUGUAUUGAUAAAAUGAAAACUUCGACUGCAAGGCGCACAUUGGAUCCGCUAUAUCAGCAGCAAUUGGUAUUCAAGCAGCCAUACCAGGGAUGCAUCCUACAGGUGACUGUUUGGGGUGACUACGGCCGCAUUGAGAAGAAAGUUUUUAUGGGUGUGGCUCAAAUAAUGCUCGACGAUUUAAACCUAUCGAAUAUCGUUAUCGGCUGGUACAAACUCUUUGGAACAACGUCACUGGGACGCCCUAUUGUUUGGCCCGGUGAAUCGGUCAUACUAGAAGAGGAAGGCGAAGAGAUGCAGGUGAACUGAGUGAGUGGCUACCACAAAGCCAAUAUAAGCACACAAACAUCUUGGCGAACACUUAUAACCUCUGCAUAGAGCUGCUUCCACUGCAGCGCCGCGAUGUUAAGUCGCUUGCAUAGCUGAGCAUGGAAAGAACGUACGAGAGAGAGAGCAGAGAAAGGAGAGAAAACAAACAAAGAGAGUCGCAUACCGGACGAGCGAUGACGCAAAGUGCUUAGCCGAAUUAUCGGGCGGUUCAAGUUAUACAAAGUGGGCGUGUACGUGUGCGCAGAGUGGGCGCACGAAAGUGCCGGUGCUUUGGCGUCGAUCGAGAGCAGCUCAACGGAAACUUUUUGAAUUUAAACGAAGUAAAAAGCACACAAACAAGACAAAACAAAAAAAAAAAAAACAGAAAACAAAAAAAUGCAUAUAAAUAUAUUUAGAAUAUUUUUAAAUUAUGUUUUUUUUAGCUAAAUAUGAGAUAAUGAUUAUGACUAUGUAGAUGAAGAUGAAGUUGAAGAUAAAGAUGAAGAGAACGAAAAAUAGAAAGAUGAUAGCUACGAUUUUGGUGAUUGGUAGAUAUGUAUGUAUCAUAGUGAUCAUAGGUGUAGUGCCGACAAUGACGAUGUGGAUGUUGAUGAUGAUUCAGAUGAUGACAGAUAAAAGAUGCAUUUAAUACUACAAAAUUGUAAAAUAAUACAUACACACAUACAUAUAUAGAGCAAAGCAGAUGCGUAAAAAGGAUUUAUUAUGAAAAAAAUAUUAAAACAAAAACAAAAACGAAAGGACGUGAGGUUUUGACGGCAUUAUUUAUUACGUAAUAUUCUUGUAAUCAUAAGUGAAUGAAUAUGUAAAACUAUCGUUAGAAAAUAUGCAAAUGAAAAAAUAUAUAAUAUAUAAAUAAAAACAAAUUAAAAGCAAAAAGCAAGAAGAAACAAGCUUAACUUGAUUGAGUUUAAGUAAAACCAAAAAGAUAAACGAAUGUGAAUUUUAUGAUAAAUAAUUAUCAAAAACUCGAUCGACACAUAUUUCUAUCAAAAAAACCAAAGAAAAAACAACAAAAAAUUGUGCUGAAUAAUAUAUUGAUAUGAAAAAACGAGAAAGCAGAAAAAAAGUAUUUGUAAAUAUUAUUCAAGCGAUUAUGUUUAUGAACUAACACAUAAUCACACACACACAGACGAACAUAAGAAAGUACAUCAAAUUUUUCAACAUAAUUCUAUUAUUAUUAUUAUUUUAGAUAUUUAGAUUAUUUUAGAUUUCUGAUAAUGGAUCGUAAAACCGCAAUGCUAAAAUUGCAGCCCAGUGUAUUGCACUGGAGAACCCAGUUUACUUUCAGUUCCAGUUCUUUUUUUUUAAUUCUAAUUUAAAUUCUAAUUUUAAUUUAAAAAAAAAAGACAAAAAGCAUAACUAUUUGGAAAAGUGGCGUCGAACAGCGCUGAAAUGCAUUUCGUUUUCGUGAAAACACCCGCAGCAAAUCAGUUAAUAGUAGACCCACUUGAUUGCCAAGAAGCCGCAUGAGUUAUUAUCAGGUCUCUUCAAUCGCGUUAGCAUUAUUAAAAAAUAAUGUUGAAGCAACUGGCAUAAAUAAACAACACUGGAAAAGAGAAUUCGCGUAAAGCAAUAAAAAUCUCCCUGUAUUAUGCGGUCGUAUGAAACUCUCUUGAAAUGGCGUUAGCUCCAAUGAAAAUAGUGAGUUGUACCGGUUUUAUGAGUUAUAACCACACUCGCUAGCGGUGAAUCUUGCUCCAUAACUUUAUCGUUACUGUCAUAUGCAAAUUUUUCGUCAAGUGAGCAAAUUCCAGAGACAGCGAACAGAGUAGUGGCGAAUUGAAGACGUCUUAGGUUCACCUUAAGUUCCACUUCUUCUUUUCGUUCUAAUUUGAAUUAUAAAAAAAGCAAAAAAUUUUGGAAAAAUAGCAACGAACAGCACUAUAUUGUAAAUCAGUUAAUAGUAGACACACUUCAUUGCAAAAAAAACCUCAUGGGUUAAUAUAAUACGCAUAAGACAUACACACAUUUGCAUGCGUGAAAUAGUCUAGGCGUGGAAAAGAAGCGCGCAGUAGUGACUUUUAAUUUCAAAAUUGGCUUUCAGGUCUUUGCGACGUAUUGUCGAUUAAUAGUUUAUCAACAAAUACCUAAAGAUUAUAUGCCGCCAAGAACAGUCUCCAAUGCUGACCAACUUUCGAUUGCUAAUAGCAGCCCAAUCAAUUUUGAAAUCAAAAGACGAAAAUUGAAGUGGAUUGGACACACUUUCCAAAGAGAAGUUGGCUGUGUGGUCAAAACGGCUUCCCAAUAGAACCCACAAGGAAGCCGGCGCAGAGGAUGCCCAGCACAAACUUAGAUGUGCACAAUCCUCCGAUGAGAGCUCUUCCACCAUCACCUGGAACGAAA